CACGGCUGGGUGGGCACGGCGCUGGGCACGGCGCGAUGGAGAUCUGGAGCAGCCCCGCCGCCUACGAUGAGUUGAACGGGAACGCGGAGCGCGGCGCGGACCCCAUCGCCCGGGAGCUGGAGGAAGUCCUGUGUGCUGAGCGGGUGGCCAGGAUCACAAAGACCUACCACGAUAUCGACGCUGUCACCAACCUGCUGGAUGAGAAAGAGCGGGAUCUGGAGCUGGCAGCACGCAUCGGGCAGUCCCUGCUGAAGCAGAACCGGAGCCUGACUGAGCGCAAUGAGCUCCUGGAGGAGCAGCUGGAAUUGGCCAAAGAGGAGAUUGCGCAGCUGCGCCACGAGGUGUCCAUGAGGGAUGACCUCCUGCACUUCUACACCACCAGCACGGAGGAGAGCGAGCCCACCACCACCACCUCCACCCCGCUGCGCAGGCACGAGUCCUCGCUGUCCUUGCAGCAGUACUUCCAGUACGACACCCUGCAGCAGAAGCUCCGGAGCCUGGAGGAGGAGAACCAGAAGCUGCGCAUGGAGGCCACCAACAUCGCCACCGAGACGUGUCAGUACGAGCAGCAGGAGCAGCAGCUGAUGAUCGACUGCGUGGAGCAGUUCUCCGAGGCGAGCCAGCAGGUCGUUCACCUGUCGGAGGAGCUGGCGCACCGGGCGGAGGACGCGGCGCGGCAGCAGGAGGAGAUCAGCCAGCUGCUGGCGCAGGUCGCGGAUCUGCAGCACAAGUGUCGCACGUACGGCUCCGAGGUGGAGGAGCUCCAGCAGCACCUGACGGCGGCCAAGGAGGUGCAGCAGCAGCUGCGGAUGGAGCUGCGGGAUCUGCAGGACAAGUACGCGGAGUGCGGCGGGAUGCUGCAGGAGGCGCGGGAGGAGGUGAAGAGCCUGCGGAGCCGCAGCGUCCCCAACAGCACCGUGAGCCGCUACAGCGCUGCCAGCCUGCUGCCCGUGGACUCGCUGGCGGCUGAGAUCAAGGGCAUGAUGAGGAAGAGGACGGACAGCUCCUGCUCGGACUACAAGAGCUACCAGCGCGUCUUCGAGACGGUGAAGGCCGUGAACCAGGCAGCCAAGGCCAAGUCCUGCUCCGAGUCUCCCCACCACGUCCCGGGCUCCAGGCAGGUGUCCACUGCCCACUCUGGGGGGGCCAGCACCCCCCAAACCAACUGCUCCGGCUCGGAGGAUGCUCAGGCCGAUGGGGCCAUCAAGGAGCCCCGGGCAGCCCCGGGCCGGCAGGACCUGGAGGCGGCGGUGCAGCGGCUCUCGGAGCGCUCCUUCUUCGAGGCCGAGCGGGAGCGCAAGCUCUGGAGGCUGAGAGAUGGGGAGAGCUCCAGCGGCUUCCUCACCCCCGAGGGCAGCGUCGUCUCCACCGGGACAAGCUACUCCGGGGGCUCGGAGCUCACGGCUGGCUCCGCCUUCUCCCUGGGCUCCCUCACCUGCUUCCCCGACAAGCUGCAGAUCGUGAAGCCGCUGGAAGGCUCUGUGACGCUCCACCACUGGCAGCAGCUGGCACAGCCCAACCUGGGCGGGAUCCUGGUGCCCCGGCCCGGGGUGCUCACCAAAGACUUCAGGCAGCUGGACACCGACCUGGAGGAGGUCUACAGCCUCAAUGACCUGGAGGAGGACGAUGUGGACGCCAGCUCCUUCCAGCUGCUCCCUACCUCAGCGCCCGCCAAAGCCAAGGAGCGCCCCAGGGUGUUCCUCUCUGUUAACAACCUCCCCCAGACCCCGUCUACCUUCACCAUCACCACCUGCCACAUCCUCCACCCCACCUCUGCGACCACCACCAGUCUGUAUCAUGCCGUCGUGCCUUCUUGUGGGCCCUUUGAGGGGCUGAGCCUCUGCAGCCCCUCCCCAGAACCGGCUCCCCCCACGCUGGCGCUGGGCCCUGGACCCCCCAGCGCCGCCAGGGGACUCGUGAGGCUCCUGCUGGGCCGAGAUUCCCACCUGGCACCAGGCACUGGAUCGUGGAGGGCCCCCUCGCUGCACUGCCAGGAGCCCCAGCACUGUGAGCCCCCCGUGGCCAGGGGCAGGAGCAGCACCUUCAGCUGGAACCUGGUGGAGAAGCUGCAGCGCCUGGGGCUGGACAAGGUGGUGGCCAGAGGGCAGAGAGCUCCUGUGCCCUCUGGGGUACCCAGAGGUGACACUGCUGCAGAGCCCCCAGGCUCAGGGUGAGACACAUCCUCUUCCUCACCCGUCCAUGGGGAAAUGGAGACGGGAGAAGCUUCAGCCUC